UCCCAGCAGCCAGAGGCCCCAGAGAAGCACUAAGGUCUGGAGCCUCCUGCUGAGAUCCCAUGGCCCCUGCUGCCCAGCACCGCUGACCUCUGAUGCCCUGAGAUGCCCACACCCAAUACCUCCGCCCCCCUGCCCGUGUUCUGGAGCAACAGGUCUGCAGGCAGCGUGCUGAGCGUGGACGAUGCUGCCAUGCCUGUGGAAUUCCUCGCCCUGAGGGUGGGGGUCGCCCUGGUCUACGUGCUCGUGGGGGCUGCGGGCGUGCUGGGGAAUUUGGCCGUGCUGUGGGUGCUGGGUAACUGCGCUCGGCGAGCCCCCUGCCCACCAUCUGACACUUUUGUCUUCAACCUGGCUCUGGCAGACCUGGGGCUGGCACUCACUCUGCCCUUCUGGGCGGCCGAGUCAGCCCUGGACUUCCACUGGCCCUUCGGCGGUGUCCUCUGCAAGGUGGUCCUCACGGCCACUGUCCUCAACAUCUAUGCCGGCAUCUUCCUCAUCACGGUGCUCAGCGUCGCCCGCUAUUGGGUGGUGGCCAUGGCCGGGGGGCCAGGCACCCACCUCUCGCUCUUCUGGGCCCGCGUGGCCACCCUGGCGGUGUGGGUGGCAGCCGCCCUGGUGACGCUGCCCACAGCCGUCUUUGGGGCCGAGGGGGAGCUGUGGGGCGCACGCCUGUGCCUGCUGCGCUUCCCCAGCAGGUACUGGCUGGGGGCCUACCAGCUGCAGAGGGUGCUGCUGGCCUUUGUGGUGCCCCUGGGUGUCAUCACCACCAGCUACCUGCUGCUGCUGGCCUUCCUGCGGCGGCGGCAACGGCGACGGCAAGACAGCAGGGCUGUGGCCCGCUCCGUCGGCAUCCUGGUGGCCUCCUUCUUCCUCUGCUGGUUCCCCAACCAUGUGGUCACUUUCUGGGCUGUCCUGGUGAGGUUUGACCUGGUGCCCUGGGACAGCACUUUCUACGCCAUCCAUACCUACGUGUACCCGGUCACCACCUGCCUGGCACACAGCAACAGCUGCCUGAACCCCAUGCUGUACUGUCUCCUGCGGCGGGAGCCCCGGCGGGCCCUGGCACACACCUUCAGAGACCUGCGCGCAUGGUUGUGGCCCCAGGGCCAGGGCUGGGCAGAGCAGGUGGCCUUAAAGGUGGGGAGCAGGCGGGGGGCGCAGAGCGCUCACCAGGACAGCGGCCCUUCUACUAUGCUAGCCAAUUGGGACACAGGCACCCCUGCCUGAAGGUGCAAGCUGGACGGUCUCCUCCACUGGGGCCCACCAGGGGCAGCGCCACCCCCGGAGAGAGGCUGGCCUGUGCUAGGCUGCCAUCCCUUGGGAAGGCUGAUCUUUGAUCCCACUCUGGGUGUGGUGGAAUGGGGCAGGCCCGCCCCGGCCCAGGUCAGGCUGGUAUGACAAAGCUGAAGUUCCCAUGUGGAGGUGGGAAAGGAG